AUGGAGGAUAAAUCCUCGGGGAAUCACCAUAACUUCGCCUCUGUUCAUCACUCGAGCAAACAAACGAUUGUCCGCGGUGACAAUGGCGGCGUAGACGCUCCCUUCUUCUACGUAGACCAUCUCCGAGCCUCUGGGAUGGGUGUGUGGGGGAAUGAUUCCUCCGGGAUGGAAGUCGAGCCUGGCGAUGGAGGGACCCAAAGUGUUGAGACCAGGAAACCUCAGUGCUGUUCCAAAGAUGGCACCGGAGCGAUUGAUAUGAACGUUGGAAGAACAAAUGCGAAGAUCAUUGCCACUCUCAACUCCCAAUUUCCUGGAAUUCAAUUUAUUGGAUCGUCCUUUUUUGGGUCUCGACUCCAAAUCCCAAAUGAGGUGCUAGAGAAGACUUUCUUCUUGGACGAGAACACCAUCAAUCAUGUCCGAUCCAGCUUUAUGUAA